AUGCAUAUCCUGCUUCAUUGUUGCAAAACCCUUUCCCCUGGCAAGAUGUCGCGUCGCCCAAUAUAUUUUAAUCCUUCGGCAGCGGACGAGCGCUGCGAUUUCUCGACCAUCCAUGGCCUCCGUCAUUUCCAUCACUCUCUCCCUGGCUACUGUCCAACGCCAUUAGUCUCACUUCCUGAGAUUGCCACCGAGCUAGGGGUCAAGGCAGUUUUCGUCAAGGACGAAAGUGACCGUUUCGGAUUACCUUCCUUUAAGGUUUUGGGCGCAUCAUGGGGAUGCUAUCGCUCUGUGGUGUCUCAUCUGGGAUUAUCACCGACUGUGGCUCUUGACGAUGUGAAGCAGCGACUCAAGGAAAGCCCCGUCACUCUUUUUGCAGCUACCGAAGGAAACCACGGACGAGCGGUCGCCUUUAUGGCACGGCAGUUCGGAGUAACGGCGCGAAUCUUCGUCCCCGCCUCGAUGGACGAGGAGACACGUAACCGGAUUGCAUCCGAAGGCGCUGAGGUAGCCAUUAGCGACGGCGACUACAAUCUUGCAGUCCAAGAGGCAUGGAUCGCAUCACAGAACGAUGGUGGACUACUCGUCCAAGACACCGCAUUCGAUGGAUAUGAGGAGGUCCCGGCAUGGAUUGUGGAGGGCUACUCAACAAUGAUGACGGAGAUCGAUGAACAGCUAAGCCAGCUUGGUCUGCAAAGCACUCUGACUGUUACUCCCGUGGGAGUUGGAAGCCUGGGGCAUGCCGUAGUCAGGCAUUGCAAGUCUCGGACGACCCCAAUUGCUGUCGUGGCUGUUGAGCCGGACAGCGGACCGUGUCUGAUCAGCAGCCUAGAGGCCGGCACGAUGGUCUCAGUCACGUCUUCCGAAACGAUCAUGAAUGGAAUGAAUUGCGGCACGGUAUCAGCCACCGCGUGGCCCGAUCUGCAGCGAGCGGUGGAUGCUGCAGUCACCGUUUCAUCGUAUGAGAGUCACUGCGCGGUGCAGUAUUUGGCAUCUCACAGCGUCCGCGCAGGCCCUUGUGGCGGAGCAUCUUUAGCUGCAAUCCGGCGGUUGCGAGCAUCAGGCCAGGCCGCAUCAUUACUACAUAGGGACGCUGUGGUGGUACUCCUCUGCACUGAAGGUGCCCGUCCAUAUCCCAUUCCCCGCGAUGUGGCCGUUGAGGACGUUGUGGGUUUGACGCAAGUCCUAACACAGAUCGACUCAUCCAACCCUACACUCUCUGUAGCUGACGGUGUGGGAGAGACCGAGAUCGCCAACUAUCUGGCUGCGUGGCUCGCUCAUCGUGGGAUAGAGUAUCAUCGCGUCGAGCCGGUAGCCGGUCGGCCAUCCAUCGUCGGCGUAUUCCGUGGGAGCGGCGGUGGUCAAUCGCUGAUGUUCAACGGCCAUAUUGACACUGUCAGCUAG